CAUUAUUUGGUGGUGAAGCAUUAUUUGAUGGUAAAGCAUUAUUUGGUAGUGAAGUGUUAUUGGGUAGUAAAGCAUUAUUUGGUAGUGAAGCAUUAUUGGGUGGUGAAGCAUUAUUGGGUAGUAAAGUGUUAUUAAGUGGUGAAGCGUUAUUGGGUA